AUGAGGGACAUUUCACAUGACAGUGAACCAUGUUCAUAUGAGGAGGCAACCAUAAACCCUGCUUGGCAAGCAGCUAUGACACAGGAAUUUGAGGCCUUGUAUGCUAAACAUACUUGGGAUUUAGUAAAUUUGCCUGCAAGAAAGAAGGCUAUAGGAUGCAAGUGGGUGUACAAGAUCAAACACAAAGCAGAUGGAAGCAUAGAGAGGCUCAAAGCAAGGCUUGUGGUUAAAGGUUACACACAACAGGCAGGGAUUGACUACACAGAGACCUUCUCCCAUGUUGUCAAAAUGACAACUGUUAGAACAUUGAUAAGUGUGGCUGUGAAGAAAGGUUGGGACCUUUUCCAAUUGGAUGUAAAUAAUGCCUUCCUACAAGGAGAUUUGCAAGAAGAAGUGUAUAUGGAUGUCCCACAAGCUAAUGACUACUCACUUUUCUACAAGAAGGAUGGUUCCUCAAGUAUAUUUAUGGCUGUGUAUGUGGAUGAUCUGAUCCUCACAUGGACAGAUUUGGAAGAGAUCACUGGUUUGAAGAACUUCUUACAUGACAAAUUUAAUAUCAAAGAUUUGGGCAAGCUACACUACUUCUUAGGCCUGGAAAUAUUCUAUAAGGAUGAUGGAGUGCUUAUUUCACAAAGAAAGUUUGCUACAAAUUUGCUGAAGGAGUAUGACUGCCUGGGAUACACUACAGUCUCUUCCCUUCUUGAUUGCACAGUUAAGUUGAAGGCAACUGAAGGAUCACUGUUAGCAGACCCCACAUAUUACAGGAAGCUUGUGGGGAAGCUCAACUUCCUCACAAACACAAGAUUGGACAUAACAUAUAGUGUGCAACAUCUAAGUCAGUUCAUGCAGUCACCAAGAAAACCACACCUUAAAGCUGCAUUGCAUGUUCUUAGGUACCUAAAUGCUGAUCCUACACUUGGUAUUUUCUUGUCCAACAGCCCUGACUGUACCUUGAAAGCAUAUUGUGACUCAGAUUGGGCUGCUUGUCCUGAUUCCAGAAGGUCUGUGAGUGGGUAUGUAGUUCUAUUUGGAGAAAGUGCUAUCAAUUGGAAAUCAAAUAAACAAGACACAGUUUCCCUAUCCUCUGCAGAAGAUGAAUACAGAUCCAUUCGUAAGGUAGUUGGUGACUAA